GUGUGCACUGCCCGUGUCAGUUUCGGAGUCCGGGAGGCUCACCUUCGCGCCAAGGAUCCCGAGCCCAGCUUCCUGCUGAAGCUUUUUCCCUCCUCCGCGGGCCGACUGCCUCUGCGAACUGGGCGCCCCCACCCUGUUCUGCAGCGCCCUGCAUCUCCCCCAGCCCGGGGCCCCUUCCUGCAUUUCCUCUGUGGUGUGCUGAUCCAGGGGACUUUCUGUUUUCUCCUUUUCCCUCUUUGUUGCUCUAAAACCAUUCAAGCCCAAACCCCCGACUCCGGAGAGAGUUCGACUUCUCCAGAAAGGCGGCUGCCGCGGACGACACCGGCACCUCCUGCGGACCCGAAAGCCGGUGCGCCCACCCCGCCUGCCCUACCCGCCGCCUGCCUUCGUUCGCCGGAAGAAGCCAGCCGAGAGUUCAUUGAUGCACCCAUUCCAGUGGUGUAACGGGUGUUUCUGUGGCUUGGGACUGGUUAGUACCAACAAGUCCUGCUCCAUGCCACCCAUCAGUUUCCAGGACCUGCCUCUCAACAUCUACAUGGUCAUCUUCGGCACGGGCAUCUUCGUCUUCAUGCUCAGCCUCAUCUUCUGCUGCUAUUUUAUCAGCAAACUCCGGAACCAGGCCCAGAGUGAGCGAUACGGCUAUAAGGAGGUGGUGCUUAAAGGAGAUGCGAAGAAGUUGCAGUUAUAUGGGCAGACCUGUGCAGUCUGUCUGGAAGACUUCAAGGGCAAGGAUGAGCUCGGUGUGCUCCCGUGCCAACAUGCCUUUCACCGGAAGUGUCUGGUGAAGUGGCUGGAAGUACGCUGUGUCUGCCCAAUGUGUAACAAGCCCAUCGCCGGGCCCUCCGAGGCCACUCAGAGCAUCGGGAUCCUUUUGGAUGAGCUGGUGUGAGUGUUGGCCUCUGCACCAAGACCUGGAGAAGACCCGUUGCCUCCCGGGUGCCUGGUCCCUCUGCACAGCUGCUGUGAACAAGACUGCUGGGUGGGGAUUGACCUGCUUCUCUGAAGGGGAGCUAAUGCAGGGCUGGUCCCCCACCGUCAGGGUGAGACCAGAGUUGCCCCACCUUUCGGCCUCCUGAAGCCACCUUCCCUGCUGCUCGGAACUAAUGGCGUCACCCAUAAAGGACACUGUAUCCUGAUACUGGAUCGUCUCCCUACCUGUCCCUGCUGGGGAAAAAGCCGUCCGUCCUUACCUGGCUCAGCACUUGGCCUUCACCCCCUGGGGGUUCCCCUUAGGAGGACAGGCUGCCCUGACCUCAGAGGAGGGAUACAAUGGGCCGUGUCCCACCUGGAACCUCCCUCCCCUUUUUACCCUUGCUUGGGAAGGUGAGGAGAGGAGGAAGGAAUGAUCAAGGAACCAAAUGCCUCCAGCGGAAGGGAAGGGAGGCUCUGUAGGAAGUCAGGAAGAGCCGGGACAUAGAAAAAUGAAAGUCAAUGUUUACAUGGGGCCUGUGGAGAUCAAGGCUGGCCCGCAGGCCUGCUGACUGCGGGGGUAAUGGAGGGCAGCGGCCUUCCCCCUGCUGGGAUCUGUGGUGCUAUCCGUUCACUCUCUUCCUCGGUUAAUCUCAGAGCUUCCGAUUCCGUGUUGGGGUUUGAGUGCCCCUCGAGAGGAAGGGCGUGUUCUACACUCAGAUGAAUUUGCAGGGGCUUUUUCUAAAGGAGCAAAAGGGGCCUGGGGCUGGGGGUGUCCGGAGAUUAAUUAAGGUAGCGGCAGGUACCUUCUUCCCCCUCUGUAAAUAGGAUUUUUAUACUUCCUCCUCACCAUCUCAGGCUUUAUACGUGGAACCCCUGAAUGGAGGGGGUGGGGUUUUCUCUCCCCCACCUGGAGUAGGUGAAGGCGGGACAAAGGUGUGUAUUUAAAGAAAAUUAAAUUUAAUAACAAGUUCUCUAACUUUCUGCCUGCGGUUGCGGCCUGUGUCUCUUGGCCCUUUUCUGCCAGCAAAGGAAACAAAGUUCUCUUAGUGCUGCUUCUCACUUCCCCGUACUCAGAACUCACGCCCAGAGGUUCCCAAAUCUUAAAAAAAUGGAAAUCGGGUUACUACCUGUAUGCCAUAGGACUAAUAUCCGUGUACUUUAAGGCCUGAUUAAAAAUAUUCUAGAUAUCAGCUGAAUGAGCCUCGCUUCAAGAAAGGCGUGAUGUAUGCCACCGUGACGUGUUGUUUGAAUGCCAAGAUCAGUAAGACUUGAAAUUAAUAAAAUCCGACAUGAAAUUCA